GCUGGACAACGCCAACGCCAACGCCAACGCCUUCCGCUGGCGGACCUCGUUCGGUCAACCCCGCGCUGCUGGCAGCGGUCUCCAGCGCGGUCUCGCGCGCAGACGCACGGCGAAGCUCAGCCAAACGUCCAGGUGAGCAUCCCGACACACAACACCCGCCAAUACCUUCGGGUGCUAACCGAGCAACCGCAGAGAUGAAGCCGCUCCUCGGGCUCGGUCUCCCAGCUGAGCUCUUCCCGCCGGGCAUGCAGGGCACCCUGACGCCCUUGCGGACCCCGCUCCCCCCGAUCAUCGAGCGGGACUGGGCGCCGCCCCCACGGGCACUGUCGCCCGAGUCAGACGACACGGACGAGGACGUCUACUCGCCCAUGGAGGUCGCCCUCGCGCGCAUCCAAGUGUCCUACUUCCCCGACGCGGAGGAGCCUGACAACAUCGACGUCGCUACCGGCAGCGCUCCGCCCCCCGCCGCGCGAGUCCGCACGCAGCCGCCCUCGCCCGUCCCGCCGAUGUCCAUCGCGGCUGCGGUGGCGCUCGCGAGGAGGCCCGGCCUGCAGAGGAUGCCGACGUACGCGUCACCCCGCCCGUUGACCGUGGCGCGGUUCGUGCCCGAGCCGUGUUCGGCGCUCACGGGCGAGUACGAGCUCGGGCUCCGGUUCAGUUUCGCAUUUGGGCUUUUGCUGAGCCCCCGCGCGCCGAGGAGCACGACGCCCCAGGCAGCCGUGUUCCCACCCAUCUUCGCAAGCGGCCAACCCGAACCUGCGUAUAGGCUGGACGACUCGCCGUUCACGCCGGGUGUGCAGGCGUUCAACCAGGGUGACCCCGUCGCCGACCCGCUCGAGCUGCUCUUGCGCGACUUUCCCAUUACGCCUGGGCCUCGUCGGCUUGCGCCGCCGAUGUUCGACUCGUCGGAGGACCCGGUUGUGAGCCCCAGCGAGUUGGAGCUGCGCGACUUCCCGCUCACCCCCGGAGCACCGGUCGACCGCUUCGCGGAGGUAUCGUUCGACGGGCGAGGGUCGGAUGAGAACGAGCAGGUGGACAGGCCGGCUUCGCCUCUUGGUCUUGCAGAGUACGUGUUUGGGGUGUAUUUGUGAUACUAUAGCGGACAAUAGACCAGUCGUUAGAACAAUGUACAUUGAAUGAAGAUCGCGAAAAUAGCGAGACGGUGCAUUGGCUUGAGCUACUUAGACUCUAUGUGUGUCCACAAGGUCGUCAGACCAGCGGCAUACUCG